AUGGAGAUGAUGAAAGACAUCCGCUUAAUCCCGACGAUCCCGUUCACUGGCACCCACGGUCUACUUCAAGCGCUCCAGGUCCUGGUUCAGAUCAUCAUCGGCCUGUCCAUAGGCGGGCUGACGGUCCCUUCGCAAUCGUGGUCGGCACAAGGGUUCAGGCUGGGACUAUUAGUCUGGCUGGUCCCGAAGAUCUUCGACUACUCGACCAACCGUCAGUACUCGUUCGGAAAUGCGUUGGCUGAUCAGCUCAUACUCUCGUGUGUUGGCUGGAACCUGCUCACCAGACUGUUGGAGCUCUCUCUCCUCCCGUUCAUUUCACCCGGCCCACCGCGUUGGAUCCGGCCAACGAAGGAGGAACUCGCGCGCGUCUUAAAACUCAGAACAACUCGACCCUUGUCUAACACCACUCCUGACCAGCUCGACCAGGCCUCCGAAGAGCUGAUCCCCCGACAAUGGGAGCAUGUGCCCUUCCCGGCCCCAUUUUCGCUCGACCGGCUCCUUUACGCAUACGACUAUCUAAUGCUGAUCCGCCCGACUACUUCAGACCUUCUGCCAUGGCAGUUCCGGGCAUUUGAAUGGUCGUUGCCUGCCCUGACCGCCGGCGGGGUAGCCGGCCGACGGUUUGGGAAGCCCGAGACUGGGCCGAGGCUUGCAUUCGCCCAUCUGCUCGUCUAUCUAGCCUGCUUCGUCUAUGUCGACAACCUUGCGAUCCGCUCGAUUGGCGAGAUCAAAAUGGCCGAGCUGGCCAUUGUUCACCAGCUCCUGCUGACGAUUGCCGCGGGAUGUCUGAUUGGUUUAUCCGGAGGGCCCGGAGAAGCAGUUACAUUCCCUUUAUUUAUCACCCGCAGGAUCUUUCCGCCAACUGCCCUCCUCGCUCACUUCAACCAACCCUACCUUGCCUCAAGCAUCCAGGACUUUUGGGGAAACAGAUGGCAUCGCAGAGUCCGGCGACAGCUCACCCGCCUUGGCUUACUUUUCCCGCUUGGCGGAACGAAAACGGGGAACGCAUUUUGGGCUUAUUUCCUUAGCGCCAUGCUCCACUCCUUCAUAAUCUGUCGCUCAAAGCCCGAACCAAGCCUAUCCGAUCCGACAAGCUAUCUGGCACUGUUCUUCGACCUCCCCACCUUCGCCUUCUUCGUUUCACAAGGCCUGGCCAUGAUCAUCGAGCGUCGACUUAUACCGUCCAACUUACGUCGAAUCUGGCUCUGGCUCACGAUCAUCAUCGCCGGGCGUUGGUACAUCGAUGGCAUUCUUAACAGCUACCUUCUUGCGGACGAUCGGUAA